AUGACAUUUAUUUUCAGUGGCGUGGAGGCGGCGAAGCUUCAAGCACAGGGAUGGAUUUACGAUUCGUCGCAGUGGAAGGCGCACGCGCAGCGAAGCCAGUCGAGAGCGACCCUCAUGCACCUGAAAACUCCGAAGAAAUCCAAGAACAACGACCGCCACUCGUCGUGCACCGAAAGUUUGCGGAAGGUGGCUAACAUCGACCAGUCCAUGGUGCUGAACCAGCGAAGCCAAGUGACCGCUGACUACAUCAAUUUGUCCUCCUCCUCGCCAGCCCUGGACGCAUUCGCCUCAUCUCACUGUCCACAUGUCCUCUGCGAGCAGAUGAGCAAGUCAAUCGCCUACGAACACCUCUACUUUUGA